UGGCAGUUCCCGGAUGGUGGAUAACACAGAAACAUCCCCAAAGCCUCUUCUCGACAGCAAUAGGGGCACUUACCUUUCUGUGCAGGUACCUCUACUAGAUCACACCAGGUAGUCCUCUCUUCUUAUCCCCACCAAAAUCCAAUAGUGGAAUCCCGGGGCCAACAGCAAUGUUUUCUUCUUGUCUUUUUGGACACUGUCUCAGUUUUUGUUUUAUGGGCUUCAAAGCCACGGAGAACUUGCAACCAGGGGCCGCUGCCAGUUCUGCAGAGGAGAGGCAGUGGGGAGCCCAACACAGACUGGGCCCAAACACUAAAUAUAACCCUCUUCCCUCUCCGGGCAGCGUCCUUCAUGCUCUGAACACAGGCGACCUUGCGGAAUCCCAAACCCCACAGCUUGCCAGUCUCCACGGAGGAAAGUGUCUAACUGGACCGAGCUGCAGGAUGAGGCGACCCAAAAGCCGGGAGCCAUCUGUCCAGAGCAAACAAGUAGAGGCAGAAGCAUCAGAUGGCGAAGGACGAGGAGACACAGAAAUGAUGCAGCAGGAGACAGCUCCAGUUCCUGCCUUGUCAAAGAAAACCAAACAGCCUAAAGAAUGUUUCUUGAUAAAACCAAAGGAAACAAGUGAAGAUGCCACCAAAACCAGGAAGAGGAGAAAGAAGAAAAUUACUGAUGUUCUUGCAAAAUCAGAGCCAAAACCAGGGACACCUGAAGACCUACAGAAGCUGAUGAAGGACUAUUUUAGCAGUAAUCGCUCAGUGAUUGAAUUAGAAGAACUAAACCUGCCAGACUCCUGUUUCCUCAAGGCCAAUGAUUUGACUCACAGUCUUUCAUCAUACCUAAAAGAAAUCUGCCCUAAGUGGGUGAAACUUCGGAAAAACCACAGUGAGAAGAAAUCGGUCCUGAUGCUGAUUAUCUGUGGCUCUGCCGUCCGAGCCCUGGAGCUCAUCAGGUCAAUGACUGCAUUCAGAGGAGACAGCAAAGUUAUGAAAUUAUUUGCAAAACAUAUAAAGGUCCAGGAGCAGGUAAAAUUGCUGGAGAAGCGUGUGGUACACCUUGGUGUAGGAACUCCAGGGAGGAUUAAAGAACUCAUUAAACAAGGUGGCCUUAAUUUGAACCCCUUAAAGUUUCUGGUUUUUGACUGGAACUGGAGAGAUCAAAAAUUGAGGAGGAUGAUGGACAUUCCCGAGAUAAGAAAGGAGGUUUUUGAACUUUUGGAAAUGGGAGUCUUCAGUCUAUGCAAAUCAGAAUCUUUGAAGCUGGGCCUUUUCUAAAUCUAGGUCCUGAUGAAGAUUCCAGUUUUCAUGGUGGGAUUUGCAUCUCCUUUAAUGGCUUCAGCACAUUGCAUAUGCACUCAGAAAAUAUCAGCUAUUGUUUUAUUAAGUUAAUUGUGUCACCAGAUGGAUCGCUGGGAAUGUUUCAUGGGGAUUCUUUGACAAAAAUGAAUCUGUCCUUUGCCAAAACCCUUGUAUAAUAAAGCAUCACUGGCUUGUGUGUGA